CGGCGCGGGCGCCCGACGGCAGGUGAACCCCGCCGGCCGGGCCCUGGGCGCCCGCCGCGUCUCCCCGGGAGGGGUCUCCGCCUGCCCGCACCGCCACCCUCCUCCUUCCUGCCGGUCCCCGCCGCCGACACGACCCGCCACCCUCGCCGGGCCGCCCUGGCAGGAUAAAGGCUCAGCCACCGGGCAGCUCCGCCAGCAGCCCGCCUGCCCCUCAGAGCUCCACUGACCGGCCGAGCCUCGCCAGGAUGGACACGUGGACAUUACUGCUCGUCCUGCACACCUCGCUGCUGCUGCCCUGGGCUGAGGGCGCCACCCCGACCCUGCGCUUUGUGGCCGUGGGCGACUGGGGAGGCGUCCCCAAUGCCCCGUUCCACACGGCCCGGGAGAUGGCCAAUGCCAAACAAAUCGGCAAAGUCGUGCAGAUGCUGGGCGCCCACUUCAUCCUGUCCCUGGGCGACAACUUCUACUUCAGUGGCGUGCAGAGCGUCAGCGACAAGCGGUUCCAGGAGACCUUCGAGGACGUUUUCAGUGACCGUUCGCUCCAGAACGUGCCCUGGUACGUGCUGGCCGGAAACCACGACCACAUAGGCAACGUCUCGGCCCAGAUCGCCUAUUCCAAGGUCUCCAAGCGCUGGAACUUCCCCAGCCCCUUCUACCGGCUGCGCUUCCGGAUCCCACGCACCAACGUGUCCGUGGCCAUCUACAUGCUGGACACGGUGACCUUGUGUGGCAACUCGAAUGACUUCCUCAGCCAGCAGCCUGAGAGGCCCCGGAACCUAGAGCUGGCCCGCACCCAGCUGGCCUGGCUCAAGCGGCACCUGGCGGACGCCAAGGAGGACUACGUGCUGGUGGCCGGCCACUACCCGGUGUGGUCCAUCGCGGAGCACGGGCCCACCCACUGCUUGGUCAAGAAGCUGCAGCCGCUGCUCGUCAAGUAUGGCGUCACCGCCUACCUGUGUGGCCACGACCACAACCUGCAGUACCUCCAGGACCAGAACGGCGUGGGCUACGUGCUGAGCGGGGCCGGGAACUUCAUGGACCCCUCCACGCAACACCAGCGCAGCGUGCCCAACGGCUACCUCCGCUUCCACUACGGCGCCGAGAACUCUCUGGGCGGCUUCGCGUACGUGGAGAUCACCCCCAAAGAGAUGACCGUCACGUACAUGGAGGCUUCGGGCAAGUCUCUCUUCAAGACCAGGCUGCCGAAGCGGGCCAAGGCGUGAACGCGCAGGAGGGCUGUGCUCCGCCCGCUGCGGGGCCCGGGUGCUGGGUGCGUCUUGCACACUCCCACACGCAGCCCCCCUCCUGGGCCCCUGGUGCCUUUGCAGACCGGGAGGGAGAGCCACGGUUUGCCACGUGGCCCUCGUGGCGUGAAUGCUCACGUAUUCGAAUGACGCGCGGACACGGGUCCCGGGGAGCGUGUCGUGCCGUGGCCAGUCUCCUCUUCUACCCCAGGCUGGGUUCGCAGGAGUCGGGGCCAGGGACGGAAAGGCUUGUCCAGGAAAAAGCAUUUUUCUGUCGCUGCUGUUCAAUAAACCAAGAGUUGCCUUGGCUGCACUUGA